AUGACCGUGCAACAUGUCAUCGAACUGAAGGACCCGAGACCUUUACGCGAACCAGCGCGUCUUUACUGUGACGAAAAGCGUCUCUAUAUUGAUACUCAAGUUCGCGAAAUGUUAAGCGAAGGUUUUAUCGAACCCUCCACGUCCCCGUGUAGCUGGCAAAUUGUCAUUGCAACUAAAAAAAUGGCGAAUUCCGUUUUUGCAAAUUGGCAGGAACAUCUAGCUUACAUCGCCUUAGUUCUCGAACGCCUCGAUAUCUACGGGCUCAAGAUUUCGCCCGAAAAGUGUCACUUCGGCCGCGACUCAUUGCCCCACCUAGGUCACUGGAUUAGCUCCGAUGGUAACGCAGCUCAGCCAAAACAUAUCGACGAAAUUUGCAACGCCCCGUUACCCCGAACACGCCGCGAACUACAAUCUUUUAUCGCCACGUGUAACUAG